CCCCACCCCCACCCUUUGGUCUGCAGGUCCGAGAGGCCAAGUGUCCUGGAGGCGCCCCUCAGGGCGAGGAUCAGGAGGAGACUGCAAGGCUAGGCCCAGGAGUAAUGGAGUCCAAAGAGGAACGAGUGUUAAAAAAUCUGGAUGUGGAAAAUGGCAACAAGGAAGAUGAAGGAAAAGAUGAAAAGGAGCAAGAUGCUAAUAAAGGGGAGCCCAUGGGCCGCCCUUUGGAAGCUGGUGAACACUGUGUGCCUAGAGGAAAUCGUAGGCGAUUCCGGGUUAGGCAGCCCGUUCUGCAGUAUAGAUGGGAUACCUUGCAUAGGCUGGGAGUGCCACAGGCAAGGAUGAGGAAAGAGAAUAUGGAGAGGUUUGGGGAGGAAGUGAGACAUCUGAUGGAAAAGCUCAGGGAAAAGCAGUUGAGUCAUAGUCUGCAGGCAGUUAGCCUUGACCCUCCUCACCAUGGCCAUCGUGAUGAGUUUUGCCUUAUGCCCUGAAUCCUGCUGUCUUCCCUUAGUAAGGAGACCCCUGCUUCUUAAACUUACAUAUUCCAGAUGUACCUUGUUGUAAAUCUUUUGGUGUUACUUGUAUCUUGUGGGUCUCCCAUUACCAGUUUCUAAUUGAAUAUAGUGUUUUUGACCCAGUUUGUAAGUCUCAGCAGGGGAAUUUUAUCUCUUGCAUGAAAAGAUGUUGAUUAUAUAUUGUAACAUUAAUAAAGCAGUUUAAAAGGCA